AAUUACCGAAGCAACAUUCCCUUCAUCACGACUCAUUCACGCAAACUCCACUAGCCUUGGUCAUCGUAUCUCCUAUCACCCAUCUUUCAAAGGAUAUAGGGUAUAGGCGGAGACUUUGAGAGUAACAGAAAAUCAAGAUCGCAAAAAUGUUUGAAUUCACAAGGAUAAACACCAAAGACGAUCACGAAGGGGACAUCGAACAGGGAACUCUCUACCCUGGAAUCAGCCAUGGAGAAAACCAACUUCGUUGGGGCUUCAUCCGUAAGGUUUACGGAAUCCUUGCCGCCCAGAUGGUUCUGACCACCGCCGUCUCUUGCCUCACUGUCCUUUAUGCUCCUAUCAACGAUCUCCUCCGUGGAAAUUCCGGCCUCUUGCUAUUUCUCGUUUUCUUGCCAUUCAUCCUUUUGUGGCCUUUGCAUGUGUAUCAACAAAAGCAUCCACUCAACUUGGUGUUCCUUGGACUCUUUACAGUUUCCCUAAGUCUCACUGUAGGUGUGAGCUGUGCCAACACAGAUGGAAAGAUUGUGCUGGAAGCUCUAGUUUUGACCUCUGCAGUGGUUUCAUCUCUAACGGCCUACACUUUCUGGGCAUCAAAGAAAGGCAAAGACUUCAGCUUUUUGGGUCCAAUUUUGUUCACUAGUCUUGUUAUUCUCCUUGUCACUAGUUUCAUGCAGGUGUUCUUUCCACUGGGGCCCACAACAAACGCGAUAUUUGGAGGAUUUGGUGCGGUUUUGUUUUCUGGAUACAUAAUCUAUGACACUGAGAACUUAAUCAAGCGAUUUACAUAUGAUGAGUACAUUUGGGCAUCAGUGACUCUUUAUCUGGACAUACUAAAUCUCUUUCUGUCAAUUCUACGCAUGCUGAGGCAAGGAGACAAUUAAUUAGAUAUGUGAGUCCCACAAGUGGUUUGCAGGAGCACUUGGCCAUCUAUCUUUUUUUUUUUUUUUUUUGAAACUAUAAAAGACAGUAUAGUAUAUUCUGGUAUACACUCUAUCUACUACUCUGAUACAAUUCAUAUUUUCC